AUGUCAAUCCAAUGUUUAUCUCUUCUUCUGCUCAUAUCGGCAGCCAACGCUGAUGUGAUCGGUUCCUCCGUUUGCUUCCCCGCAUCGAUAGCAGUGAAAGAGCCACAUGCUGCACUUUGCAGGUCGAUGCAUCUCCGUGGAGGCGACGACGAGGCGGUUCCUGCUGCUGCCAGCCAGAUCGUUGCCGUCCCUCCAAACCCGAAGAAGGUCUAUGUGGGGAACCUGCCUAUCUCAGUGCAGGACGAUGCUUUGAAAGAAUUUCUCUCUAAAGUUGGAGAGGUCACCAGCCUUUCUGUCAAAAGAUUCCCCAAUUCGGAUCGGUGCAAGGGUUUUGCUAUGGCAGAAUAUGCGACAGAGGAACAGGCAAAGGCGGCUAUAGAACAACUGGCUGGCAGCAGCUUCAUGAAGAGAUCAGUCCUGGUUAGAGCCGAUUCUGGUAUCGAUCCAGCCAAGAUUGCUGCCAGCCAAGCCAAGCGAGCAGCUGCCCUAGCUAGGAAAGCUGAAGCUGCUGCAAGAGCGGCGACCAACGGCGGGGCCCCGGUCCGACAGCGACGCCCCCCCUCCAUGGGACACCCUCAAUUCUGGCCCAAGUGUCCCCCUGGGUGCCGUGUAUAUGUUGGUAACAUCAAGUUUGGCACACCAUGGCAAGAUGUCAGAGAUCACAUGGCCAAGGCUGGACAUGUGGAGUUUGGAAAGAUCAUUAAGGCGCCCAUGACCAACAUGGAUGGAUCGAUCUCAUACGUUUCACGUGGAUUCGCCAUCGUGCAGUACAGGACCCCCCAAGACGCUGAGGCUGCCGUUACUUCCCUGGAUCAGUCGAUCUUGAACGGACGCUCCAUCUACGUUCGCCCAGAUCAGGGUCGCCGACGGAAGACAGACUCGAACAUGGGAGAAGAGGAAUUGGCGAACCUCCAAGUCUCAGAAAAUCAGUGA